GAGCCGAUCUUUCUCGGUAGUUUCAUAUAAACUCUACCGUUGGAUAGUGAAUCAUUUUUUAGGGAAGACAUUAGAGGAAGAUACGCGAAUCACUAUUAAAUCAACCGUAAAACGUGAAAAAAAGACGUGUCUGUUUAAUUUUCUUUACUUUCCUCAACUUGAGUAUUUAACGCGUAUAAUUGAAGAUAAAAAAUAUAUCGGCUGCACCGAAAUGUAAAGAAGGAUAAUGCCGUAUCAAGAGUAUUUUAAGUAACGUCGCCAGCAUCCGAGGAAUCAUUCUUCAGCGGUUCAUUGUGUAAUUUGGAAUUAUAAAUCAGUCGUCAUGGUAUCGAACGUGCGAAACAUUUUCUUCGCGUUCAUAACAAUUACGAUGCUCACGGAAGGAGAAUCGCAGUUGGGGUUCAAUCUGACGUUCCUUCAACAAGUGUUCCUGGAUUAUAUCUUCCCUAAAGAUCCUGGUAUAGUGAGAGUAAGAAGUAUGGAUCAAGCUAGAGGGAUGGGAGGUGCGAUAGUAUUGGAUUUUAUCGGCAUGGUGGAGCAGUACGGUUAUCCCGCUGAGGAGCAUAACGUUACGACGGAAGAUGGUUACCAUUUGCAAAUACACAGGAUACCUGGGAGUCCACUAUGGGGAAAUAAAAAGAAAAAAGACGUUGUGUUUUUACAACAUGGUGUUUUUGCUUCGUCUGACAGCUGGGUGAUUUUCGGCCCUGGCAAAGACCUCGCAUUUUUAUUGGCUGAUCAAGGAUACGAUGUAUGGCUUGGGAAUAUUAGAGGAAACAGCUAUGGCAGGUCGCACGUAAACAUGACAGUUUACGACCGCAAAUUUUGGCAAUUUAGCUUUCACGAAGUGGCAUUGAUGGACCUGCCAGUUAUGUUCGACUAUAUCCUUAAUUACACUGGACAAGAAAAAAUACAUUACGUCGCUCACUCGAUGGGAUCGACAAUGUUGUUCGUUCUCCUAUCAAUGAAACCGGAAUAUAACGCAAAAAUACAACUAGGUGUUUGCCUUGCCCCAGUUGCCUUCUGGAAGGAAGUAAUGCCUAUAUUCAGGCAAAUUAUUGAUGCAGCCCCAGUAUUGAGGGAAUUUUUCGCUAGACAUAAGAUAUAUGAUUUUGCUACGCAAUCUGCAGCAAUGGUCACAAUAGGACAAAAUUUAUGUCAAGACGGGGCGGCUACUCAACCUAUUUGCAUUGCGGUAAUUUUUAUAAUCGUAGGUGCUGAUCCGCCGCAACUUAACACUACGGCACUACCAUAUCUGCUGUCCCAUUUUCCAGCUGGUUCUUCUAUUCAAACACUUUAUCACUAUUACCAAAAUAUACAUGCGAAAAACUUUCAAAGUUAUGACUAUGGUCCAGUUGGUAAUUACGAGCAUUAUAAGCAGAAAACACCUAUAACUUAUGAUCUCAGUAAAGUUACCGUGCCGAUAGCUUUAUUUUACUCAUCCAACGAUCUGGUCGUUAGGAAGACGAAUGUAUUGGAGUUACAAAAACAUUUGCCUAAUGUUGCCUUAUUAGAAGAAGUCCAGUAUGAACUCUUCAAUCAUGCGGAUUUCUUAUGGGGAAUCGAUGCAAAAACUCUUAUAUAUGAUCGUGUAAUAGAAGUAAUACAGAAAUAUUCGAUACUAAAUGCAAUCUAACUACAAAAUGACUAAUAUGAAAUAUAGCACACUCAUUGUUAUAUUAAAUGAUAUAUUAAACAGGAACUCUGUGAUAUAUAUUACCCUAUUAAAGUUCAAAAAUCUCG